AAAAUACGACAUCUAGUGUUCAUUCUUUAUACGGUAUUUUAUUCUGACUAUUUAAAUUCAUAAGACCGAACUGGAUACAUAAGAUGACGUAGGAGUAAUCAAGGUACAGUUAAGAAGGAUGUGAUAUACUGCUCCGACUAUUAUGUUACGAAUGACUAAGAGUUAUUUUGUUAUGAUUCAAAGAUUUUCUCAAUAAAAACCUCGGGCCAUUUUCAGUACAGGAAGUAAUGACUUUAGACAUCAAACGGCUAAAAUGGGCUUAACAUUUUCCAAAAGGGAAAAGAAAAAACGAGCGUAUUACAAAUUCGUAAAACCAUGGAGACACGAGGGAUCAUCAAAUAUCUCUCACUCGACCGGACGCCUUUGGACACAUUGUGCAAGUGAAUUAAGCGAAGACGAUAUUUGGCAGCGUAGGUCGGAUGUAAAAGGUUUGGGCGAGACCUAUAGCGUGCAUCAAGUUCUGUUGAAAAGUGAAAAUGUUGAAAUAUACAGAGAGACUGUGUUGAAUGGGUUUGGUAUGGUGGAUAGCACGAAUCACUACCACACCAUAAAUGAAUAUAACAUGUACAAGGACGAUGAAGAAACAGAAGAAUAUAAGAAUAAUGAUUUUGAACUUGGAAAUAAACACAAAAGUCGUCCCCAAAUACAUGUAGAAAGAGAAGAAUUAGUAGUAGUAGAAGAAGAAGAAGAAGAAAUGUACGAGGAAAUGUACGAGGAUCCAGACUUUAAACGCUUCAAUGAAUACCCUGAUAAUAUCCUGGAUAUUCAGGACAUUUCAGAUGAAAGCGUGACAUCCGGGGAUUUCAGAGAUGUAACUUUAUCUGAUACAUACGAGACAUCCGGGGAUUUCAGAGAUGUAACUAAAUCCGAAACAUCCGAGCGUUUGUCUGUAGCAGGAGAACCUGAAGAAAUAUUUUAUAAAUUUUAUGAUGGGCUACCCCGGACCCCGUUGACGGAAGGCGGAUACUCUCUCUCAAACCCACCCUCCGCCGACCCAAUGCUUAAAUCGUCCCUACGCCCUUGGGAAGUCAGUGGAGAUGAAAGCUGCCAUGCCAAUGUAGAAGCUCAAACUCCACAACAACCGCAGUUGGAGCAGGCGCAAGUAGCCGACGAAGUGGACAUAACAGAUACUGAAGAAGAAGAAGAAGAGGCUCCUCCACUUCCAAUCCGGACUGUAGGUCGUCGGCAUAGGUAUGAAGAAACAAUUAUACUUCAUAGACAAAUUAUUGUGAGAGAUGUGAUUGUUAGUCAGGUCCUGCCUCAUAUGCACAUGUGUUUAAGUAGUUCUGACAUCAGUGCCAUUAAAGGCGAAAAUGAUCAGCAUAAAGCGGUGGAACUUUUGUUAGACAAAUUAUCGGCAUCCAAGGAACCUGGAAAGUGGAAAAUGUUUGUGCAAGCUUUGGAAGAGUCUAAACACAAAGCUAUUGUCGAUGCUCUGAGACGAAAAAGUAUUCCAGACAGCAACGAACUUGGAAAAUUCUUACAUAUUUUUUCACCCCAACUUCGAGAAAUGAUUUUACCAUCCGAGAUAACAGCAGAACUUCUGAGGACAAACAUUAUCAAUUCUGAAGACAGAGACGAAAUACAUCAGAAAGAACGUUCUGCUGGCGCUGUUGCAGCAGCUGAUAUCUUGCUCGAUAGGAUACCCAGAAAACAUCCGGAUUGGUUCUGGAAUUUUAUCGGUGCAUUACGAAUUAUCGGCAGACAUGACCUUGUUGACAUGCUGACAGAAAGAAAUGAUAUAGAAAGAAAUACAGCUAAACAAGAGGAGGAAGGCUCUGUAUCAAGCAACGAAAGAACGGAUACAACUAAAUGUCUAAAUACGUUUAAAUAUGGAAGUUCGGUUCUAGGGAAUGAACAGCAAACAACUUAUGAGUCAACGGGGUAUGAUGUAAACACAGAAAGAAAUGAUAUAGAAAGAAAUACAGCUAAACAAGAGGAGGAAGGCUCUGUAUCAAGCAACGAAAGAACGGAUACAACUAAAUGUAUAAAUACGUUUAAAUAUGGAAGUUCGGUUCUGGGGAAUGAACAGCAAACAACUUAUGAGUCAACGGGGUAUGAUGUUAACACAGAAAACAAAGAUCUUGAAUAUUCGGAGGCCUAUGGGGUUCUGGAUGAAAACAAGGAAAUACAGGAACAUUGUAAUCCAGGCGAUGAAACAUUAGGAGAGAAGACCAUGAAAGCAGAUGAAAAUGUUCAGCAGUCAAAACGGAAAUUAAAGUACAGUCCUGUGGUAAUAAAUGGACAAAUUUGUACAGCAAAAGACAAAAGUGUAACAGAAGAAUGGACUCCGCCUUUAGGCGAAAUACCGGUGUCACAAACAAACCGUGAACGUUUCCUGUCCGGUUGUAUCCUUCUGACCGAAGCACAAAGUAAAAAUAUUCAACUUUUAAGAGAGAAUAAGAAUGCACUGGUUGCAGAUGGAAACGCACUUGAAUUGGAAAUGCUGGAAUAUGAGGACAUUCUAAAUGCGCAUGAAAAGAACAACAAACUGCUCAAGAGAAAAAGAAGCUUUUGUGAACAAAUCAAAAUAAAAGAAAAAGAAGCUACAGCAUUAAAAGCUGCACUAUCAGGAGAAGCCAUUGAAGAAGAUCAGUUUAGGUACCAGAGUGCUGCUAGCUUAGAAGAUAUGGCACAGUAUAUUGCCCCUGGUAGACGUCCGAUGACUUGGGAUUUCAGAGACACUGACGUUAGUGCCACAAUCAUACCAUCCAGAAUACCGAUCGGCAUUGGAAUUACAAUGCCUGUUAAGCUGUAUGAUGUGGAUCAGACGUACAAAGACUCAGCUUUUUAUUCUGAAUACUAGCCCAUUACUGUUUUAUCAUGAUUUUGUUGCACAACAUAUAACUUCGAGUCAUACGAGUCUCAUUACAACGCCGGGAAGGCCAUCUAUAUUUCCAUUGUGUAGCAGUUUGUCAAAUCAAUUACUGCAGACAGUAUUUGACUUACACUGAACGUGUAUAUAUUCCAGUUCUUUAUGAAAAUGCGUAGCCAAUAGUGCUACAAAAUAUCUCAAAGUUAUAUAUUGUUUUCGUUAAUGAAUUGAAUGGUGUAAAAUCUUUAAGAAGACACAUUAAAUAAGUUUACAAAAUAAUAAUAAUGAAAAAAACACUCGAUAUUUUUUUUCUUACCGUUUAUCGGUGACGGACAUAUUGAAUUUAUAAAUAUAUUUGUUUACGGUUUGAUCACAGUUACUUGAUAUUAAAUGGUACUUGUAAAAAUGCUUUAGCUGUCUAAAUAUGUUUAUUGCAGUAUAUUGUUUUAAAAGAAAUAUGACAUGUACGUCUAUGAAAUAAAUAAUCAACAGAACAUUCAUUUUGGUUCAAGACAGAACAUUUUGUUUUCCGAAAACUUGAUUCGAUUAAAAAUUAUUUUAUGUUCGAUUUAAUCAGAGAUUCAAUUAUUGAUUGGAAAGUAAACUGACAUAGACAGUAAGACAGUAUAUAAAAUGAUAGUGAUGACAAUUAAAUUUUAAUUUUCACAAAGCUUGAUUUGAAAAUUACAUAAAACGACAUCAGUAUUUAUGAAAUGAAGGCAUCCGGAAAAGGAAGAUACACAAGCCGCCCUAAAAUACACGUAUCAUCCAAAAGUAUCACUUAAGGGAACAAGUAAAUUAAUACAAUGUACAAAAUAAUUAUUGUUGCAGCACAUUUCAUGAUUUCAGUCUUGUUAUCAUUCCAUCAAUCUGUCACGUUAUUGUUUAUUUCCAUGUUUUGUUUUUCGGAUUCAUCUGGCUGGGAUGUAACAUGGUGGGGAUUAUGUAAGGUAGUUCUGCACAUUUAGGUCAUUUUUUACUACAUUUUAGAAUUUUUCAAACGAUGGAAUUUAGGCAAAAGAAAAAGAUUAGAGUUGUGUGGUGGUGUUUUGCUACGGGUCGUUCAUUUAAUUCUAGUUUUGUCUUUAUUGUCUAUAUGUUCAAGUUUCCUUCCCUACUUUGUGCCCAUAUUUGUUAGCUCACCUGAACUUUGUUCAGAGUGUGCUGUUAGUAAAGGCGGAUAGUCUAUCGUCCGCCCAUCGCCCUGCGUCCUUCGUUAAGCGCCAACAUCUGUACUGAAAUAUCUUAUAAUCUGAAACUACUGGUCUGAAUUACACAAAACAUGUAAACAACUGCUUCUCACGAACCGCUUAAUGGGUCUUCAAUCAUCUAACUUGGUCUGUAGAAUUAUUGUGAGAUAUUCUUCAAAUUUUGUUAACGAUGGGCAUUCAGUUCCUUUCAGGGGCCGCCAGAGUUAAAUACCUUUAAACGACUUGUUCUCUUGAACCACAAUAAUGGAUCUUCACCAAACUUGGUCUAUAGUAUCCUUAUAGAGUGUCCUCUCAUAUUUAUUCAAAAUGGGAGCAGUCGGUCCCUUAAAGGGGCCACAGGACCUAAAAAUUGAAAUACCUUUAAACGCCUUCUUCUCUUGAACCGCUGGAUGUAACUUCAUUAUAUUUUGUCUAUAGCACCAUUACGAUGUCCUUAGAAAGUAUUUAAACCAACCCCGUGUUAUGAAGUUUGAUCUAAUGGUAAUACAUUGUUGUGUGUCACAGCAAAACAUAGACAAAAACUUUAAAUAACUUUUACUUGAACGAUUUGCUCAAAGGAGUUAGAAGCAAUGUCAGGUAGUCAAGGUCCUCUCCAGGUGAGCGUUUAGGCCCAUUUGGACCUUUUUAUUUUUGUUUUGUCCUCGUGUUCCAUUGUUUCACUUUGUCUAUGUGUUUAAGUGAAUGUCCAUUAUGUAUAUACACAACUGUAUGAUUUUGGAAUCUGGCUGUUCCAACUGAAUAGAUGUCUUUAUUUUUAUAUAUUUCUUUUUAUUUAUUUUUUUAUAUAUCUGUUUAACUGUUUUGAAUGUUUACUCUUGAAACAGUAUAUUUAGCAUUAUUUGUAUUUAAUAUAAAAUCUAAAAUGUGUUUGUAAACUGAGGUAACAAUUUUACAUUUUGUUCAUUAUUUUGUCUCUGUGAUUUAAUCGUUUUUUGCCACUCCUUCGAGCUUUCAUCUUUUGUGCUUAGUUUAUCUUACAUGUUUUCACAAAUAUUACUUUAGAUAUUUCUUUAUUUUGCAUAAUAUAUUAUCAUAAUUAACUUUAUUUAACCAGAUGCUUCGAAAACAUUUUAUUACGUUUUUUACGUUUAUUAUUAUAGUCUUCAACAUUAAUAUUUCGACAAGAAUUCUAUCAUUCUUCCUAGUUUGUGUCCGUGUCUCAUCUUUUUGUUUUCUCAUUUUCAACAUUAUUUAUAAUGCGGAUAAGGUGCUUUUCAUUGUUCCUGUGGAUAAGCUAUUUAAUUUUCUCAAAAGUUGAUUGGCCCCCGAUCUAUAUCGCUUCUAAAGUUUGUAGCAUUGCGCAGGUCGUGUUAUGAAAUCGGAACUAAGAAAUUGUUACAACAUUUAUUCCCCAAAGCGUGCUGUGGUGUUAAAUAUUCACAGAAAAUUCGGUUUCAAUAAAUGCGACUAUAUUUCAAGCUUUAUUACUCUGAACCUAAUAAUUAGCAUCACUUGUGAGCAAUAGCCUCUUUACCUAAUUUCCUUGAUAAAUAUUGAGUCUCCAUUGUGCCGCAUUCUAAACUUUCGCUAAACUCAUUGUUUGACAGUUUCGUUAAUGCUGCAGUUUGUUUGUAUAAUUUGAACGGCGUGUUUUAGAAUAUCAUAAGCACUAUUUGAAAUUGUAAAUAAUACUAUUCAAACUGCGUUUUUAAAUGUACCUAAAUAAAUAAUAUACUUUUU